GAAAAGUCACAAGACAUAACCGGAUUGAGCACCGGUGAAGACGACAAGGCAGCUACAUCGCGCUCCAGCCUACUUAACUCUGUGACGGAGCCCGGCUGGCAUCUAUAGCAAGCCUCGAGUAGUCUCCCCUUACUUCAACUCCAACAUGAGUGUCUCAAUGCUACCUUUCGACUCCACCUCCCUACAACAGUACGCGAUACCCGAAAGCGAGUAUCUUAGCCAGCACCAUGACGUCCAUGUAAUAUGCACAGGCGCAGUCGUUUUCAACAACGAAGGGAAGCUGCUUCUCGUCCAGCGUGCCAAAGAUGAGAAGGCAUACCCGGACGCCUGGGAGAUUCCUGGAGGCAAGAUGGACGAUACAGACGAGACUAUCUUGCACGCUGCAGCACGCGAACUAAAGGAGGAGACUGGCCUUGUUGCGACUCGUGUAGUCAGAAAAGUGACACAGUUCACGUUCGCUGACGGUGGGAAGAAGCGAGCAGGAAAGACGUGGCUGAAGUUGGUAUUUCAGUUCGAGGUCGACAAUGCCGACGCUGUCGUCUUGGAUCCUAUUGAGCACCAACGCUUUCUUUGGGCCUGUGAGGAAGAGAUUACAAAUGAUCUUGUCAAGGAAGGAAGCACGCCUCUAAACUACAUCUCACCAACAAACAAAGACGUCAAGCUGGAGGCAUUCAAGCUGCAGCGAGAGGCAGUGCUAGCCUAGAGAUCCCUUAAAAUCGAAAGUAGUGGAGAGGGCGUCGCCAAUACGAGCUACUCCUGCAUGCAAAGUGAUUGUAAUUACAUGGCUUACAUUGGGCGCACCGUGCACUCGCACAUGCUGCA